CCUCAGGCUUCGCUUUUCGCUUUUUGGACAGUGCGCGGCCUAGGCCGCCCUGUAGAUCGGCAUUACUCGGUCUCAUAGUAGUCCGCACGCGACGCAGCAACGAGAGGACAGUUUCAGGCCUCCAAAGCCGCAAAACAAGCAAGAUGCCAGGCAGCGUGAAAUCGGACGUGAGCAGCCUCGCGUCGCCGCCGCGGUCGCAAAGGAAGGGCGACAGCAACGGCGCGCUCUCGCCGUCGCCGAAGAAGGCGGAAGGCCCGCUGCCGCCGCCCUCUUCCUACAUCCGCGUCGAGUACGGCGAUCGGCGGGUCGAGGUCUACCGCAAUCUGAAGGAGCGCGACGUGACGGGGCGAGGCGACGUGUUCAUUCUGGAGGGCGAGAAUUCCGUGCGCAACCUCGUGCGGAACGGGAGGAUGCCCCUCGUCUCGGUCUGUCUGUCGGAGCGGCGUCUCAGGCCGAUGGCGCCACUGAUUGAAGCUCUAUCAAGACAUAACGUGCCGGUCUACGUCCUGAAGUCAGACGCGUUUUCUUCUAUUGUCGGGUUUAACUUCCAUCGCGGCGUCCUCGCGUGCGGCAAGCGGCCCCGACUGUUGGAGCCGCCCGAGGUCGCUCGUCAACUACCGGGCGAGGGCCACUCCACCAUCAUCCUGGGCGAGACGAUCAACAACUUGGACAAUGUCGGAGGCUUAUUUAGGAAUGCCGCUGCUUUUGGUUGCGGCGCGGUUUUACUGGAUGACAAGUCCGCGGACCCUCUAUACAGAAAGGCGUGCCGCGUGUCGGGCGGCCACGCUUUGAAUGUUCCCUUUUCGCGGAUCGGUAGCAUUGGGGACGUCAUCAGUGCCGCGAAGGCGACGGGUCAUGUUGUCGUGGCAUUGGUGACACCUUCAACAUCCGAUCGGGAGAACGCCGUCGACGCUGAUAUUGGUGAACCGAUACCAUUGGACGCCUGGCGGCCGGGCCACCGGCCAGAGCGUCUGGCGGUGUUGGUCGGCGCCGAGGGGCCGGGUUUAACAGAAGCAGCGCAGCGCCUCGCGGACGUGCGUUUAUGUAUACCGAUGGACGGCAUGGUGCCUUGCGGCGUCCGAAACGCGAUUAUCCUGAGAACUAUUGCUGAGACCUUCGUCAACCUCCACGCCAUCAAGCAGACGCAGUUCUGUGGACAACAUCGCGUCGAUGGCGUGGAGGUUCCACGCCAGCAGACCCACUCACGGAGAUAGCAUCGCGUCGAUGGCGUGGAGUUUGCACGACCGCCGGCGCGAGUCGCACACACGCCGAUGAAACACCGGGGGGGGGAAAAGGAAAAAAAAAAAAAACACCACGACGCGCGCAGGUGGACUCGGUCAACGUCGCGACGGCCUGCGCCAUUGCGUUACAUGCGUUAGCCGCGACGCCGGCCGUCGCGGAGCGCGCGCGCGACCGGCGCCAGCGGCACUAUAUGAUAUAUGCGCUCGGCGCCGCGUCGGCCCUCGUAGCCGGCGUUUUAUUGAGACACCGCCUCGGGAGGUAAUUUUGAAAGUCUAGUUA